AGAAGAAGAAAAAAGAGAAGAAGAAGUAGAAGAAGAAGACGAAGAAGUGGCUGUUCAAGAACUGCAAGUGAAUUCUAUUUCACCACCUCAGCAAAGAAAAGAGCAGAGCGAACAUGAAGAUAUGGAGAUCAUCGAACAUUCAGAUUCGGAUGGAGAUAAAAGUGUUGAAGACAUCGACCUACGUGGAGGUUCACCGAGUAUGAGCGAGCAGUGUAGCGUGGCUCUUCGGGUGAAGAGUUUGUCUUCGGCAUGGCAACUGGGGAAAGCCCUUCGUCUGGAUGAUUACGUCAUUGUUGGUUUCGUUGCACCUUCCGAUUCUGCAGCAAUGAACAGACUAGCACGGCAACUCCUCAACAAGUGGUACAGACGUUUAGGUAGCCAAGAAAAGAAUGUACUGAUGACAAAGCUUCUUCAAGAUUACAACAUCCAGGAUUUCAAUGAAGGUCUUGAUGAAAUCUCCAAAAUAAUUUGCACAACUCCAGAUCUACUUGACCUCUCCCAACGCAUUCACCUAACAGCUCCCGAAAUCCUGCAGGUAAUGUCCACAUCUGUGUCCUUUCCACUAACCUUGAUACGACACAUUGUUAUACAGAUGCUUCAAGAGUGGGUACGACAUGGAGGAACAAGACAAAGGCUUCUUGAAAUAGCUCAAGCUUUUCAUUUCAACGAUUUAGCGGACAAAAUAGCAACAGCAAUGGAACACCACCAAGGUUUCAAGGACCCUUUCUCUCAUGGCAUUAUUGAUCACGACGGUGGAGAGUUGAAGCUAGAUGAACUGGACAUCAGAGUAUCCAUCCCUGCAGGGGCAAUCCCUAAAGGGAUGAGGUCUGUGGUCACUCUUAGUGUACCUAGUCGAUGCCCAUCUAAGAUUCCCCUUAAGGAUGGAGAUGUUCUCAUUACUCCAGUCAUUGAAUGUUCUUUCACUCAAGAACUUCUCAAACCUGCCACUGUAGCUCUUCCACACUGCAUCCAUCCGGAACAGCAUCAAGAUGACUUACGUGUUAGCCUGUACACCAAGUUAGGACCAGGUACAUUUGGUUACAGGAGCUUGCUUCCAAAUACAUCAAGAGAUGUCCAUAUCUCAGAGGACAUGGUUGCUUUCCCUACGCGUCAUCUUCAACUCUGGGCGUUGUCAUCAAGCGACGUACAUAGAUUACAAUUCACCUGUGAAGUAUUUCAGCCGCUUUUCAUGCUUCCUUCACAGAAAUCUAGACUGCGUAUUUGCAUAGCUCAUCCCUGCAACAGACAUCCUGCGGAUAUAUGCAGAAGACAGGGAAGCUUGUUGGAACCAAUCUACCAGGUGGCGACCGUGAUCAAGUUCUCUCUGGAAUCGAAGGAAGAAGAUCUUAAGCUUUGGUGUCUUUCUGACUCAGAAAAGGUCCAGGAAACUGUCCCUGUACGUUGUCUCCUGAACGGAGAAGGCAACACCUUUAACUUCGAGCUACUCUCCUCAUGUGCUGAGGGAGGGGCGAAGAGUAUCUGUCUACGUAUUGAGAAGGGCACAUCGACACUCGCAGAGCAACAAAUACCCACUUCAACAGAAGUCGAGCCAGAUUAUGGAGUCUCCUACACACGCGGCCGAAUAAAGUUCGCAUCAGACAACAUGCUAAAACAAUUGUCUGGUUUAGUAUCUGCAAUAAACGAUUCACAUCACCUGGGCUACCAGCUUGGCUUCUCCCAUUCAGCGGUAGAGAAGUACCUUGACAGAGCAGACUCCUCGGCUAGCAGCGUCUCAAGUUCAGGAUUCAGGGAGAUGCUUCUUGACUGGAGACGGCGUGUCCGACCGAGUGAGCAGGUUAAUAAACUUCGUCUCGCUUUGGAGAAAGCUGGGUUAAGUCAUACAGCCGAGGUCCUCUUCCAGGAAAGUUAG